GAAACGGGACUGGUUCUAAGCUCAGGGCAACGGUUUUAAGGAAAAGAGAAGCUGACUGUCUGUCGAGCAAACGUCUCUCUGAUCUUUUCAAUUUUUUAAUUUUCAGGGAAAAAGAUGCAAAGUCCUAAGCUAUGAUGGCGUGAAGCCUUAGCAUAUGAAUAUGUUGUCCCCUUUUCGACUUCUUUCUCUCUCUUAUUGAUUACGCCAUUGCCAUUUUUCCUUACAUGUCGAGCAUCUACGGAAUCGUCGAAUAGGAAUACCAACAAGGAUGGGGACUUCCGGGCAGGGGCAGAGCAACUACGAUCUGUCCUUCAAGAUCCUGCUCGUCGGAGAUUCCGCCGUCGGCAAAAGCAGCCUCCUCGUCAGUUUCAUUUCCAACCUUGUCGAAGAUCUUUCUCCGACCAUAGGUGUCGAUUUCAAGAUUAAGUUUCUAACAGCUGCAGGGAAGAGGCUGAAGCUUACAAUUUGGGACACAGCCGGACAAGAGAGGUUUAGGACAUUAACGAGCUCGUAUUACCGUGGAGCGCAUGGAAUCAUACUUGUAUACGAUGUAACAAGAAGGGAGACAUUCGACAAUUUAUCCGAGGUAUGGGCGAAAGAAUUGGAACUCUACUCGACGAAUCAAGAUCGCAUCAAGAUGAUCGUCGGGAACAAAUCUGAUAGAGAAUCCGAGCGAGCCGUGACCCGGGAAGAAGGGAUAGCCCUAGCAAAAGAGCUCGGAUGCUUAUUUGUCGAAUGUAGCGCCAAAACUCGAGAAAACGUGGAGCAAUGUUUCGAAGAGCUUGCAACGAAGAUAAUGGAGGUGCCCCGACUGCUGGAGGUAGGAUCAACAUCUGCGAAAAGAAUCAUGUUGAAACCAAAGCAAGAUCAUCAGACACUUGCCGGUGGCGGCAGUUGCUGCUCGUAGAGUCUUAGGACAGUCGACUCAGCCGUCGCUUCCUACUUCUCCGGUGAAUUUUCGUGUAAAUAAUGAGUGUGUUGUGUGUAUUAACAUAAGCUUCAUAGUUUAUUUAUUACAGUACAAGUUGGUUGAUUUAUGUAUGUAUGUAUGUAUAUGUAUGUAUCUAUGUGGUGGUUCAUAUAGAAUGGGCUUUAAUUUGUUAUGUUUCGUGGACCACGAACUAAGGGUGACUUGGUCGGAUCAAAUCGAAAAAAUCAACUUUUUUUUAUUUUU